GACCUCGGUGGCGCCUGCGGGACAUUUCGAUGAGCUCAUGGGCUCGGACGCCCUGCUCGAGAUCCUGCGGCGCGAGCUGGUGGAGGCGAUUGGGCGAUUCGCCGAGACGGCGGAGCCCGCGGAACACGAUGCGGAUAUUGCAGAUGCAGGGCGUCCUGCCGCGGGUGCCGAGCCGCCGAGCCUCGCAGGCGCCCUGUCCAUGAGGGCGUUGGGGGCGGCGAAGGUGGCUGCGCCCGCGGGGCCCCUGGAGGGCGCCCCGCCCGCGCGUGGCGCCGAGGGCGGUGCGGGCGGCAGCGGCGCGCAGGAGCUGGCGUCGGCGCUGUUUGCAGUGCCGAGGUCCUCGGUCUCGCUGGCGGCGGGCAGCGCAGAGGGCUCCGCAGGCGGGGAUCUGUUCCCAUGCGCGGGCGGCUGGGGGCUGCCGCGCGGGCUGGCGACGGGUGGGCCCGCUGCAGGAAGCUGGCGAAG